AGAAUUCCCUAGUGGGUGCAGUCAGUGAUUGAGUAAGCUUGGUUCGGGUUUCAAGAUUUGAAAUUAGUUUAUAAAAGGGUUAAAAAGGAGGGAUUAAAAUGGUUGUAAUUGCGACAUUCAAGCCCCCAGAGUCGCCAGUUCGGUUGGAACAGAGAAAUAUUACGGUUCGUUUGGAUAAAAGGAGUCUUGGGACGGGAACUUUGUUUGUCAGCGAAAAGACACUCAGUUGGCAAAAGGAUGGAAGUACAGGUUUUUCGUUGGAGUAUUACAAUGUUUCUCUGCAUGCUGUGUCUAAAGACCCAAAUGUGUGUGAUAAAGAAUGUAUUUACAUUUUGACUGACCCUCAUAUUGAUCUGCCUGGGGGAAGUCCUCCACAAAGACACAUUGAUGACGAUGACAGUGGUGCUGAAUCAGAACCAGAUUUAUCUGAGCUGAUUUUAAUUCCUGAGGAUUCUUUAUCAAUUCAGGGUAUUUAUGAAGCUAUAAAGCAGUGCCAGGAGUUGAAUCCUGAUCCAGCUGACGUGGAUGACGACGACGACGAGAAUUUGUACGAAGAUGCAGAAGAAGAGAAUGAAGAAAUGUAUAUAGAGGCAGAAUCUGAACACAUAGGGGAUGCUGAUGUAAAUAGCUUAGCCAACAGGUUACAAAAUCACUCAGUGGAUGUCCAAUACAAUUACCGCAACGGUAACGAAGACGAAGAUUUUGAAGACGCAGAUUAACUUAAAAUGUGACCUACCUUAAGUUUUGUAUGUUUGUAAUUUUAAUUCCUAUUUAAUUAAACAAUCAAAAACGAAA